UGCGUUUUUUUUGCCAUCUUGUUGAGUGGUAGAGAAUGAGCAGAGCCAUACUUGAGCUAGUCUGCUAGUAAGUGAAUUUCAGUCACAGUAGGAGUUCUAAAGAGUGAGAGAACCCGAGGACGGGGAAGCUGAACUUUCUUCAAUUCAGGAAUGUAUGUCUACCAUAGGAGGAUAUAAAUUCCAUGUGACGAGUUGAAGAAGGAUAUGGACUUGUUUAUAUGAUGUCGUGCAGGCUGGUUCCUGUGUGGAGAGAACUAACGAUAGCUAUUUGGCUAGCUAGGUAGUUCGCUUUAAGCUACAUUAGCUGACUAGCUAGCUAAAAGGGAGAGUGGUGAAAAACGGGGCCCGCCAGUCAGACUGAAGUAUCGGCAGUAACUGCGACAGCGGCCUGCUUGCAAUUCCGGGGGGUAAAAACGGUAAAAACCUCAAACGGGAGGCCAGGUCUGGAAGAACCGGAGGAGAGGAGACGGUGGUAUCGGGAGACUUGUCACAUUUCGUGCUGGCGGAGACUAGCUAGCUUGUUACCUUGUCCGAGUUCAGAGGAAGUGUGCUUGUUCGUUUUUACACUCAGACACACUGCAACAGGAGAGGGGAGCAAGGAAGAUGUCGCGUACUUGUCUCGUUAUAAACUGUGAGUUCUUUAGAUAAGUUAAAAGACUUCCUAACUAACUAAUUGAGCUCAUACUUAACACUUUAAUCUGGAAAUAGAGAGCUGGAGUGACUAACGUAUUAAAAUGUCAAAAAUGCCAGCAAAGAAGAAGAGCUGUUUUCAAAUCACAAGUGUGACACAGGCUCAGGUGGCGGCCAGUAGCAUCACAGAUGACACCGAGAGUCUGGACGACCCUGACGAAUCCAGAACCGAGGAUGUGUCAUCAGAAAUAUUCGACUUGUCCCGGGCCGAUAUUGACACGGGGGUAUGUGACAGAAGUUCAUCCGAGGAAACCUUAAACAACGUAGGGGAAGUGGGGGCUGCUGUCAUGGCGUUACAUUUACCUCAAGAGCAAGAGGCUGCAACAAGUCAUUUUAACGGGGGGCACACUUUUAGAAGUACAGGCAGAAGUCAUGUCAAUCAAAACCUUUUAGGGGGUAGUGUGCCUGUACCAGCCGCGAGCAAGCCCUCCAUUCCAACCGUGGCCUCUCAGCAGCCAACAACAGUCAAUGCUGUCCCUGCUGCGAAUGUCUCCCCAACAAGUGUGUCUCAAACGCCCCCAGCUGCGCUUAGCACUACAACCACUGUAAGCUAUAGUUCACGUUUCAGGGUCAUUAAACUUGACCAUGGUACAGGGGAGCCCUUCAGACGGGGCAGAUGGACAUGUACAGAGUUCUAUGAAAGAGAUUCUGAGGGCUCUGGCAUGAGCAGGACUGUGGAUAGCAUAAAACACACUGUCACCCUUGACCACAAUGCAGACAGGGACACUGGGCUUGGGGCCACAGGAGACUCUGUGGUUGCUUCUAGUACCCUGUCCACACAGGCUCAAGAGUCCACAGGUGAUAGUGGCUACUCCACUAUCCACCAUGGCCAUCCUCCGGAGCCUCAGCAGCAAGGCUAUGGCCUAGCGCUCCAAAUAGGGAACGGGGGGAGUGCCUUCCAGCCCAUGGGUUACUCAGCAGUGGUAUCCCAGGUCAACGUUCACCCCACUGGCCUCAAUGGGGUGCCCCAAGGCGGCAUGCUGAAAAAAGAUCCCCUUAUGCCUCUUGCCCAGCAGUUUGCUUACUCUGCUCAUCCCUCUGGAACGCUCCCCAGUCAGCUGGACUACUUAACCCCUCACCAGCCUCAGGGCUCCAGCACUCAAACCCUCCCUAUGUCCUCCCUCUCUGUGGGGCCUCCUGCGAGCCAGGGCCCCUCGCCUGUCAUCACGCCUGUCGGCCCCAGUGCUCAGGUGCUGGGAUUGUUGGCUCAGGCCGGGGAGCUGACUGGGUCUCUGCAUAGCGGUCCAUUAGCCUCAGUUCAGGGGCUGUUACUGCAGGUAGGCAGCGGUGCAGUGAUGGCCCCUCUCCUGCCUGGGGGUACCAUGCAGCACCCUGUGAGUCAGCCCCUGCCUUCAGGUGGAGUGGGCAGUGUCCUCGUACCUUCCACAGCCUCCGUUGUCCAGAACGUGCCUGCCACAGUGCCCAGUGCCACCAACACCCCCCCAGGCCCAGGAGGACUCUCCCGGGUCCAGGUAGUUUCCAGUGGGGCCAUGGUGGGAUCUGCUGGGCAGGGCCUUCCCGCAGCCAGCCAAGAGGAUGACAGCCGCAGGAGGUCGGACAACCUUCCUCAGCCCAUCACCACCCUGGGAAAAGAUUUCAUGAGGCCUUUCAUCCCAGAGAGCCUGCAGCUGGCCAAUCCCACCGUCAACAGUCUGUUCGGGAUAGCCAUUCCCAUGGAUGGGGAUGAGGAUGGUGCUUCCGGAGCCAGUGUUGUUGCCAUCGAUAACAAGAUAGAGCAAGCAAUGGAUCUAGUGAAGAGCCACCUGAUGUAUGCAGUGCGGGAGGAGGUGGAGGUGCUGAAGGAGCAGAUCAAGGAACUGUACGAGAGGAACUCUCAGCUUGAGCAGGAGAACGCCGUGCUCAAGUCCCUUGCCAACAUGGACCAGCUCACCCAGCUGUCGUCCACCCAAAUCAGCCCCGCCGGCAGCACCUCUCCGUCUCAGCAGCUACCCUCCACCAAUAACACCAAUACCAACACCCCCCUGGAGGGUGAAACCCAGGCUUUCAGCCUGCCACAGCAGCCCAACGUCACUUCCGUGUGAUCCCAUGCUCCCGUAAUACACCUCCCCGACAUACGGGAGGAGGAGACCCCAACAAUCAACCAACCCCUGCCUCUCCCGCCGCCUUGCAACAUAAAAAAAGAGCUCAGAACUGCAUUUGAUUUGUUUUUUUUUAGAAGCAAAAAAAAACAAGCAAAAUCAGCUUUUGUUUCCCACCCUUGUCUUCAACUCGUGUGAAGAGCCAUGCUUCAUUUUGCGUGCUGCUGCUGCUGUCGUCGGGCCUUCCCAGUAUUAGACAAUCAUCAUGUGAUAGCAUUCUUUUGGCCGGGUGUCCUGCGUUAAGUCUAUGGGGAACUGGCCAAGGGAGGAGUGCGGUGCAGGACCAUGGGGGGUAAGAGGCAAUCCGGCGCAUGGUGGAGGUGGUCAAAGAGGCCGAAAAACGUGGGGGGGUUCUACUUCCUGGGAGGCCCUUGACUGUUCUAUCCCCCACUCCACACCGGGUGGUUGUUGUUAGCAAGUGGAAAAGAACGGGGGAAUGAGAACAGCAGAGACUGAGGUGGAGGAAAGGAUUCCCCCCACCAUAGGAAGAAUGUGUCUCACGCCGUGAGAAGACCAAAACUAGUUUUCCCAGAGCCACCACACUUUGACACAAAUCAAAAAAUACCUUUAUUAGUUCAGUUUUAAUGUUUGCAGUUAUUUAUUUCAGGGAUACUAUUUUCAUAAUGUAAAUGAGCAAUGUCACAGAAAUACAUGUUGUAAAAAAUAAACUAGUUUCUCUUUUUGUUUCUGGUAUGUUAGAUUAUCUGUCAGGCAGUCAAUUGGUAGUCUAAUGCAAAAAGUAGUUCCGUAAAUGCAAUAGGUUCUUUUAAAAAGGCAAUUCCCAUGGCAUAUCACCGCUAACACUAAAAGGCAGUUAACUUAAUUAAAUUAAUCCAGGUUGAAUGUACAUUUUGUGAAGAGUAAAGUAUUAAAAGCAUAGAGGGAUUGUACAGGUGAACGACAGUUUUUGAGAUAUGAAUCGUUGGUAGUUAUAUUUUGAUAAACCUUUGCUGUAGUUUCUUUGUUGCCAAAAUUGGAAGACAGUUGCCAUACUUUCCCAACGUUUUAAAAAUUCUAUUGCACAUAUUUACUUUCUGGGCUGGGGGUAAAAAAAGCUGUGAAAUUGCUCAACCUACUUUGUAACCAAAGACUCAAAGCUGUGUAAUAAUUUAAUUUUUAAUGCACACGUUUCUUUUUUAACUUUUAUUUUUUAACUUCCUUGUUUUUUUUGUUUCUGUUUAGCAUGUUCUGCAUGAUCUAUAAUUAAACCACUUUCUUACCUCAUCUUUUUAUUUAGCACUCUUAUUGUAACGUAAAGUUAGUCUGCUCUGUCCUUUACCCAUUGUUUUACACACUAGCAGAAAAUAAAGUUUGAGCCAUCUUUUUGCUUA